UGUUAUCUUACCUUUGAAUUUAGUUUGUCAAUAUUGUUUGUGGCACGAUGUGCAGAUAAUUAAGUUAGCCUUGACCCAGACUUGACGCUCGAAACUGGAGUUGACAAGGCGCUGUGUUGUUUUGUCCAUUUGCCUGAUUAUCGUUGGUGUGUGCAUGCCUUCUUUCUUUAGAGUACUGAGACGAACUCUGACAACAAUGAGUCAACAGGGGGAUUAUUCUGUAGCCUUUGUCACAAUCGACAAAAUGGAAAUUGCAAAGAAAUUGGCAGCGGGUUUGGUCAAGGAGAAACAUGCAGCCUGUGUUAACAUCAUCCCAGGAUUGAUAUCUGUUUAUGAGUGGGAAGGGAAAAUAAAUGAAGACCCAGAGUUACUGUUGAAAAUAAAAACAGCCACAAGUAAAGUAGAUGAUGUUAUAAAAUAUGUCCGAGAAAAUCACCCAUAUGACGUAGCAGAGGUUAUCAGUUUCAAGGUAUUUUUCAUAACUUUAUUGACAGAGUUAAGCAUUGUUAGCAAAAUAGAAAUCUGUGAUAUAAAGGAAAUAUGUAUCCCAAAUUACAAACAUGUAUAUCAGUUGAUUUAAUUUUAGAUUGACAAUGGGAAUCCACCAUACUUGAAAUGGAUUGAUGAAGUCGUGGGAACCAAACCCAAGAUAUAAACAAGUGUGUCUGCUCAGAAGACCAAGUCUUUUGUGGUGUUCAAUAGAAACAUGCUUUAUUAUGCCUCUGCAGAUUUGGAAAUGAAUCAAAAUUAAAAUUUUGACUCAUAUCAAGUGAUCUUGAAAAUUGAAUUUUAAAUUUAUUUUAUGAACUAACUGCUUGUAGCAUUUCUCUAAGUCUUUGUGCAGCUUCAAAAGUUUGUGCAAUUUGAUCAGUCUUGUCACUAUAUAAAAUGAUUUUAAAUCAA